AUGUCGCAGCAUAACCAGAGACAGAGGACUAUAUCGAGGGCUUCGACCGCCUCGAUCCAUAGCGUCGCGACGCAACCAACCCUCGAUCAGCAAGCCUUAAUGGCGCACCAUGGCGCUUUUACGGAUCAGUGGGUUUCGAACGAUCACGUCCCCUCGAGAGAUAUGUCAUCGGCAGUUCAACCCAUGCCGGCCGGAGAUAUGAUGCUUCGUCCUGCCUCCCAGAUGCCAGUCGGCCAGUCGUUCGCGAUGGGUUCGAGUAUGCACUCUGCCGUCGGGCUUGGCAUGUCAUACGCUCAACAUCCUAACCUGCACCCUGCUGUAUCAGCCGAGACAUUUACUGGAAAUGCGAGCUUUACGGACGCCGAUAGCCAGAUGAUGGAUCGUGACGAGGCCGAUGAGGUUGACUCGCUUGCUGGACCGCCGCGAGGCUCGAAACCCCCUUCGAGCCGCACUAGUGCGAACAAUGAGCUUGAGAUGCGCCAGCUAUUUCAAGCUAAUAAGAGCCGUACCCUUGCGGAUGUAGCAAAGGAGCUUCAUGGUAAUGAGCGUGGCCCUAAUUCUGAGCGCGCUCGCCAGAUCUUCGCUAUGCUUUGGAUCAAUGGGGUCUGUGCGAAGGGUAGAGGUUCCGUACCUCGAGGCCGAGUCUAUGCCAACUAUGCAUCCCGCUGUGCGACGGAGAGAAUAACUGUCUUGAAUCCUGCUAGUUUUGGGAAGCUUGUUCGAGUCCUUUUCCCUGGUCUUAAAACUCGAAGACUUGGCGUCCGUGGAGAAUCAAAAUACCACUAUGUCGAUUUCACUUUACUGGGUGAUCAGCCCAAGUCCAGAGAACCCUCUAUCCAGCCCGCGAUUCCCUUCCCGGAACCGGCCCCCUUUGCGCGUUCUUUGAGUGUCGCGCAGUCCCAAUCCCCUGUAUUGGACGUACAGCAUUCAGCUCUUCCGUCACCUACGCUGGUGCAGCAAUCUGAUACCCCAGCUGGCUCACGCUCGGCAAUCUCCCGAACUCAUAGCUUGUAUAACCAAUGCGAAGUCAAGCAUCUAGAUCAGCUACAUUCAUCUAACUCUAAAACUAUUAUACGCUUAGCAUUUAUAGAGCCCGAGCAUCCUUCCAAAUCAGCCGAGGCCCUCAUUCUACCUAAGAUCGAGCCGUUCUUACCCAAUGGAACGGACCCAGAUGCGGCAAUGUCUCUGACUGCUCUCUACCGAUCUCACUGCACAUCCCUAGUGGAGUGUAUUCGCUAUUGCAAGGAGAAGGCUUUCUUUCAUCUCUACACCUCUUUUCAGGGCACACUCACCAUGCCCGUACAGAAACUCUUCUCUCACCCCAGCAUCGCGCCGUGGAUAGAAGAGUGUGAUUAUGUACUUUACCAACGCAUGAUCCAGAUCAUCUACAGCCUCGUACUACAAGCCAUUCCUCAACCCGUAUUGAACGCGUUCGAGAAAAUAUCGCAGCAAUUAGUCUCACACAUUCGCGAGUCUUUUCAUGGACAGCCGAGACACGUAGUCCAGGCCAAGGAGGCCCCUGCUACUAUAUUCGCGGGUCUGCUUGACCGCACUCUACGAGUUAACCUCACAGCUCAUGCUGCGGCAAAUAUGCUUUCGAUUUCUGCGAAUAGAGAUCAGAUGUAUCUGGAUUGGAUGUCAGGGGUCAGGGUCCGCAAGCUUGCCGAAUGCGUUCCAACUAGAGGAAUGGAUGAUUUAGUUGAUCUCUUGUUUAAUGAAAUCCGAGACCUGAUCGACCCCGUGAACGUCCCUUGGAGUGAAGAGUGUAAAUAUCUUUAUGGGGAGAUAGCGCUCAACAACAGACGAGGCUUACCGUCGUCAAAUGCUUCUAAUGGUAGCUCGGAACACUUCCUUGAACGAUGGGUCGACUUCCUAUUAUCUCUCCAGAAACGAUUCCCCUAUGCCGCGGCAACGGAUAUUGUUUGGUGCGUGCAACGUGUCGGGUUAGAGGUUAUGCGUGAUCUUACCAUGCGCCAGAGCAAUAGUUUUGGAGCGUGGUGGGUGACGAAGUGCUGGCUUGACGAGAUGGUUUCGUUCCUGGCCGAAUACGGCGGUUUCAUGAAGUCGAAGAACUCGCAACCUCCCGUUGGCAGCGAGAUUAAGCCUCCAGUAGAUGGUAACGACGUGACCUUGCGAGGUUCGCGUGUUGGUAGCGAUGAUCAGAGUAUCUCGCAUAUUUCCCAGCCGCAACCAGACCGCGCCCCUUUCCCGUCUCAGCUCGAAGUCAAUGGUACAGACUCCCUCCACAUGUCAGUGAACCACGACGAUAGCGGAAUUGGGAUCAGGACUCCAGAGGAGGACUUUCCUAUGGAAAAAUUCGACUACCAGGAAGGUCAGGACCAGAGCCUACAUUCUCUAAACCUGGAGGAGUCGGUCCAAUAG